AUGAAGAAAGUUUUAAUCCCUCUCUUUUUAGACGGCAGUGACACUUGUUGUGAUUGUCAGCCUGGUCAUUCGUUUAAAGCAGAUUGGUGCCUUGACCUUCACGGUUUUUUAUCCCCCGAAGAGUUCGCCACUAGGCUUCAACAGAUCAAUGCUCAUGUCCAAAGCGUUGAACUAAUGACCCAUAAAACAAAAAAGUUAUUAUAUUAUGUCGCUUCCGUCGGUGUUUUCUUAUUAUCAGCUAUAUUCAGUGCAAUUAUGAGAUCAAUAACUGGUGUACCUGUAGGCUUUAGUAUAUCCGGAAUUUUGUUCGUUUUCGUCAAAUAUAUGAUCGAAAAAAAUGCUGCCGAAAGGGCAAUAGCAUUUACUAAUCUCCUAAACCAACUUUUUGCACAAUAUAACAAACAUGAAAAUCCAACUGUUAAUUGGAAAUUCUGGUGGGUUCAUUCCUAUGAACAAUACGUUACCGGGUUGGAUGGAAAAGCUUAUGGAAAUGGUCAUAUGAACAAGUUAAAGUUGAAAUUUGGCCUUAGUGUCAAAUUUGCUGCAUUAUUUGCCGAAAAUGCUUUAAUCAUUCUUGAAAUUAAUGAUGCACUCUCCGAUCUUACCAAAAGUACCGUUGGUGUGAAUCUUAAGUCGGAAAAACCCUUUCCCCCUAAUAAUAAUGUUAACUACACUAAUAACGCUAAUUACACUAAUAAUACCAACUAUCCUAAUGAGAUGGCAAUUAUUAAUAAUACUGCUAAUAUCCCUAACAGUCAAGUAAUUGAUAUGAAUUAUAAUUAG